AUGAACUUUUUAGAAAUGGAAGAAACCGACGCUUUCUACGACUCAUGUCGCACGAGGGCGCUACACGAGUUUAAUGAUGAUUUAGAACAAUCCCUUGAACUAACGAAAGACGUUCUUGAUGCACUGGUUCAAAACAAAUUAAUUUCAAAUCAUGUGAUGGAUAUUUUAAGCGGGCCAUCUUUGGAUAACGAAGCUAAAGUUCAGGGAGUUCUGUUUAACAUCAAAAAAAAUAUGACAGAGGAUAAAUUCAACAGAUUCCUUAGCGUCAUUGAGAACACUGGUUUAAGACACAUCGCAAAAGCGAUCUGGAAGAGCUACUCUGAGAGGGCGAAUGUCUUUCAACCUAAGACGAAACACGUUGGUUGCCAAACUGAGAACAAUGUGCCAACAAAACUUCCGAUCAAAGAGAGACAAAAACUUUAUCGAAUUUAUGACAAACUUAACAAAGGGUUGAAGGGUAAACAUGGCCGACGCUUUCAAUUUGAUAACUCUCCCAAACCUGACGAAAAUUCAAUUCGAGUAGAAGAUGUCGAUAGAGAAAUAGAUAAAUUAUUGGAGGUGUUCCAUGAGCAAAUACAUUACAUUGCCAAAUUCUGUGAUAAACUUGGACUUCAUGCUCACGAGUUACCGACCGUAAGCCAGGAAAUAGAAAAGCUUGUUGGAAAAUGCAAGACGUUAGAAGCGAAAGUGAACAGUCUGUCUGUAAACGCAUUGUUUAGUCAAUACUUAAAGGAAGAAACCAGCGCCUCUUCUUUUUCAAGUACAACCCAGAAGGAAAAGGAAAAAUAUCCGGAACAAAUAAAUUACAGAACUAGUACACCUGUACCAACUUUAGACCUUCAAACAACGCCAAGAACAAAAGUGAACAAUAUAGGGAGAGGCAACAGUAAAAUCCACUUUGAAGAUCGUGAUGUGAUUAAAAAGGACCCACAAGACAAAGAAUCGUUUCUGAAUCAUCGAAAAUCGUCAAAACAGACGACGACAACGACGACGACAAAUGGAUUCCGUAUCGAAACCACAAGGACAAGCGCUAUAAUGCAAACUCAUUUGUCCCCAUUCGAGAUCGCCAUUCUCGAGCCUAAAACCAGAGAGGGUGUUCACUUUCCCUCACGUGAUUAUAAUACAAAAACCAGUCAUCAAAAUUUUCAGUUUGGAAACGGGUCGAAACACCACGUACAAGGAAAUCAAGGUGAUAUUCCAAGGACAGAAAUUAAUACAAACAUGCGGCAAUCGAUUUUCUUCAUUCUUCUUGUUGUACAGUUUGUGGUUUGUCUUUCUCGUCGUUUGAAGGCGGAUCCUGUGAAGUUUAAAGACUGUAGCCAUGUACGAGCUCUGGGUCAUCUGAAGAACGGCACAUAUACAUUAUGGAUGAAUGACACAACACCCUUCAAGGUACGUUGUGAACAUGGAGCCUCUAACUCUUUCACCGUGAUUCUUCGGAGGAUGUAUGGAACAGAAAACUUCUACCGUGGUUUCCAUGACUACCAGUAUGGGUUUGGUCAUCCCCAGGGAGAUUACUGGGCGGGACUUAACCAAAUCUACUACUUGACCACUACAGGUAACAACAUCCUAACUAUCAACAUGCAGGACUGGUACGGUAACAAUAGGAAUGUUCGCUACAAUCACUUCCGGGUCAAUGCUGCGCCAUAUUUCCAGCUUUCCAUCGGGUCUUUUCAAGGUCAAGUUCCAGAUGACCUUUCAUUUAACAAUGGCAUGUAUUUUGCUACCUACGACAAACCCGAUGCACAUAGUUGCGCUGUCCAUCAGAAAGGGGGAUGGUGGUACAAUUACUGUACCUUCGCACUCCCCACGGGGGUAUACUACCACGGGGGACCCUACACGCCCUCUGGUGGAUAUUACGACGGUAUUUACUGGAAAGAUUGGCAAGGAUACGGAUAUUCUCUGAAAUAUUUAGCCAUGACUGUUUCAAAUUCAUAAGGUGAACGUAAAGGCGAUGUAUAAUACUGCAGAUUUUGCGUGCAUAAAAGUACAAUAACUGAUGUAGAUAUUGUAAAGAUGUCAACAAAAUGCAAGCAGAAGAAAACAUAUGAAAACUUUUUGUUUGUUUGUUUUUUAGAUUGUAGGAAUUGUGAAGAAUUUAUCAAACUACGAAUGUAAAUUACGAACUUCUGAACCUCGAGUGGGAAAAAAAAGUCACCAUUUGGAUAAUUUUAUGAAGUUAUUGAACAAUUUUAUAGUGUUUGUAAACGUACUAACAAAAAUUAUUUUCAGUAUGUUGGGUGUGAAGAGGAGAGAACAUAGAUUCUUAUUGUCAUUCGUUUAUUGUAGUGUACAUGUAUACCAAUAACAAACUCUAGAAAAUGUCAUAUUUGAGGUUGCGGAAAGUUAAUUAAGAAUAUAACCAGUAACACUAAUCUAAAAAUAAUUAUUAAGUACAUGUACCAGCGAUGUUGAUUAACCCUCUCAUUAUGGUGGUCAUCAAAUACUAGUAAUUACAUCUACAUGUAACUACUUGCCAUUUGCAUUUAUUAGCAUAAUAAUGAGAGUGUUAUUGAAUUUAUAUCAGUGUAUUUUUGCACGAAUAUAAGAUUUUCAAUUACAUAAUUAUGUUAAUGCAUUUUGAAACCGAAUGAGUAUCGUUAUUCAUGAAAGUAAAUUCAAAAAUUUGGGUUUUUUUAAUUUUUUUUUUUUUUAGACAGGUCUGUAGUAUCUCUGUGUUUAGUUUAUCAGUUAAGGCAUAUUUUUAUGCUAUAGUAUGCGUGCAUUAGCAUAGAUUAUAAGGGCCUUGCAACUAGAAGUUGGUGUAUGGGUACCCUAUAGUAAUAAAUUUGUCCGUCUGUCUGUCUUUCCGAUCAACACUUUUUGUGACGCGACAACUGAUUAGUAAUCCCUAGUCCUGAUUAAAUUAGAAUAUCACUAAAUGGCUGCACCUAGUCCUGAUUAAAAUAUCACUAAAUGGCGUCACAAAGUCUUAAUCAGAAUAUCACUAAAUGGGUUGCACCUACAUGUAGUCCUGAUUUGAAUAUCAAUAAAUUGCUGCCCUUAGUCCUAAUUAGAGUACCACUAAAUUUGUUGUACACCUAAUCCUGAUUAGAAUAUCACUAAACGGCUGCACCUAGUCCUGAUUAGAAUAUCACUAAAAAUGGUUACACCUAAUCCUGAUUAGAAUAUCACUAAACGGCUGCACCUAGUCCUAAUUAGAAUAUUACUUAAUAGCUGUAUCUAGUCCUGAUUAGAUUAUCACUAAAUGGGAUGCACCUUUUCUUGAUAAGAAUUUCACUAAAUAGCUGUAUCUAGUCCUGAUUUGAAUAUCGCGAAAUAAAUUACAUACUCUGAUAAGAAUAUCAUAAAUGGGUUGUACCUGCCCUGAUUACAUACCAGUAUCUCUAAAUGGAUUUUUCAUGAAUACGUAAUUAAAAAGAAACAUAUCUUUUUAAAGUUAUAAAUGAAAUGCCUAGCAAAUUUUUUUUUUCAAAAGGUCUGAUAAUAUAGCUCCCAUUUUACAGAUAAUAACACAUGUAUUUAUCUUUUGUACCCAGUGGUAUAAUGAAUUAAUGUUUAAUUUUCUCCCUGAAAUUUAAUAUUGAUCACCUAUUUUGUGAAAAUUUUUUUUUUCCUUUCGUAAUCAUGAAUAGGAGUAUGCAUAAUUAUAUGCAAUAAGACUUGGAAGGAAAUUAUUCGAGUUUGAGGCGGCAAAGCUCUGGAACUCUCUACUAAAAGAAGUUAGAUUCUUCUCUUCCAGUCAGUUCCAAAUUUUAAUUUCAACAUACAUGUAGUGUUAAAUUAAAUUACUGCAGUAUGAGCUCCUGCAAUCUCCAGACUUUCCUGCCUCAAUCUUAACUACUCCCCCCCCCCCUCUCUCUCGUUGAUGUUCAGUUGAUCUUCACUAAAUAAUUGAUUUCUCACCCUUAGUUUAUUUCUCUGUCAGAUCUAUUCUUGAUGACAUGUUGUAAAUUAAUACAAUAUAUUUGUAUGUAUUUUAUUUUUUCUCUUUUAUGUACAUAUAAGUUUUAUGUGUUUUUAUAAUAAAUUUAAUGCUUAA